AUGCCUCAACUUCUUAACAGCAUACUCAAUGUGAGUAAGGCAUUCCAGAAAUAUGCUGAACACCAUGGGGCAUGCACUUCACUGAGCAAGAUGGAGUUGAAGCAGCUGCUUCUCACUGAGUUUGGAGACAUCCUUCGGAGACCAAAUGACCCAGAGACUGUGGAAACCAUUCUGGAACACUUGGACCGAGACAGAAAUGGAUAUGUUGAUUUUCAUGAAUACCUCUUGUUGGUGUUCGAAUUGGCCCAAGCCUGCCAUCAUAAGCUAGAUAGUAAGUUGUAUGGAAGCAGAACCUCCCCCCGGAAAGAACAGGAUCAGAAAGGAACACAGAGCCAUAAGUUUUCAGAAAACACAGGCAGACAACAUAGGCAGAAUUCUCACAACAGUCAGUCUGAGGGACAAAGUCAGGAUGUCCAACAUGAUCAGUCUCAGAAACAAGAUAAGGACUCUCACUGCAGUCACUCUGAGAGACAUGAUACAGACUCUCACCAUGGUCAGACAGAGAGACAAGAUAGGGAUUCCCACCAUGGUCAGUCAGAGAGAUUCCAUGGGGACUCCCACUAUGGUCAUUCUGAGAGAGAAGACACAGAUUAUAGCUCUGAUCAGUCUGAGACAGAUGAUCAAUACUCUAGCUCUGGUCAAAGAUUGAGUUAUAAAUCUAACAAUGACCAGGCCAAAAGUCAAGGAUAUGUCUUUGCCUUAAAUCAGUCCAAGAACCCAGCUCAAGUUUCUCAUUAUGGCCAGUCUAAAACAUUUGGACAACAAAGCAGCCAUGGCCAGUCUGGAAGACUCCGACAAGAUUCUUAUUCUAGUCAAACCAGUCAACAAGAAUCUGGUUCUUAUGAACAAUAUGGAAAGCAGCAUCAGAAAUCAGGCUACAGUCAGACAGACAGACAGGCCCAGAAUUCUCACAAUAGCCAGCCAGACAAACAAAGACAUAGUUUCCAACAUGAUCAGACAGAUGGACAAAGCCACAGUUUCCAUUAUGGACAGAUGGAUAAGCAAGGCCAGAGUUUUCAUUAUGGUCAGAAAGGUAAACAAGGCCAGAGUUCUUACCAGGGUCAAUCAGACAACGAAGACCAGAGUUCAAGCUGGCAUCGGACAGACAGACAAGGCCAGAGUUUUCAUUUUGAUCAGACAGGCAGUCAAGGUCAGAGUUCUUACCAGGGUCAAUCAGACAACGAAGACCAGAGUUCAAGCUGGCAUCGGACAGACAGACAAGGCCAGAGUUUUCAUUAUGAUCAGACAGGCAGUCAAGGCCAGAGUUCUUACCAGGGUCAGAAAGGUGGACAAGGACAGACUUCUCACCAGGGCCAGACAGGUGGACAAGGACAGACUUCUCACUGGGGUCAGAAAGGUGGACAAGGACAGACUUCUCACUGGGGUCAAAAAGGUGGUCAAGGACAGAGUUCUCACUGGGGUCAGAAAGAUGGUCAAGGCCAGAGUUCUCACCAGGGUCAACCAGACAGUGAAGACCAGAAUUCACAGUGGCAUCGGACAGACAGAGAAGACCACAGUUUUCAUUUUGAUCAGACAGGCAGUCAAGGCCAGAGUUCUUACCAGGGUCAAUCAGACAACGAAGACCAGAGUUCAAGCUGGCAUCGGACCGACAGACAAGGCCAGAGUUUUCAUUAUGAUCAGACAGGCAGACAAGGCCAGAGUUCUCACCAGGGUCAAUCAGACAACGAAGACCAGAGUUCAAGCUGGCAUCGGACCGACAGACAAGGCCAGAGUUUUCAUUACGAUCAGACAGGCAGACAAAGCCAGAGUCCUCACUGUGGUCAGUUAGAGAUUGGGAAAACUGAACUUCAAGGGCAAAACAGGUACUUCCAAGGAACUGAUGAAACAAGGAGAGAUUCAUAUGUUGAGCAAUCUGGAAGGUCAGGAAAACUAAGUCAACAGACUUCAAGAGAGGAAGUGAAUCAAACCCAGAGACAGAGAUUCCAGGAUAGAAGGGAUCAGCAAACUCACCACCAGGCAUGGAAACCUGAACAAGAUAAUCAACACAAACUCUUAGCUCAGAUACAGCAAGAAAAGCCAUAUUCCCAUAAUGAGUAUGACUGGCAAUCCCAGAGUAGUGAGGAGGGCCACUGGGUAGAGGAAGAGCAUCACCAAAGCUGGGAUAGGCACAGUCUUGAGGAUCAGGAAAGUCUAUAUGAGAUGCAGAACAGGCAAACCCAUGAAGAUGAAAAAAGCCAUCAGACAAGGGAUAGGCAAACCCAUGUAGAUGAGAAGAAACAGCAAAGACAACACAGGCAAACUCAUGAAGAAAGUCAAGAUCAUCAGCAUGGUAGACAAACCCAUGAAGAUGAGCAAAGCCAUCAGAGACAAGACAAACAUCAAAAUCAUCAUCAACAGUGGGAUGAACAAACUCAUGAAGAAAAUGAGAGGUUUCAAGGAUCCCAAGACCAAUCCAGGAGUUUUCCCAACAAAGAAAAAUUCCACAUGAAUGAAGAUGACCAGUGCCAAGGAUCCCAGGACAGACAUUUCCAUCCAACCCAUGGUGGUGAGAGGUCCCAAAGAAGAGAACAACACAGAAACCACCCUACCAAAACAGCUAAUUCCCCCAACCCCCUCUAUGAUUAUGUACGAGAGCAAGCAGCUUAUCAAUACUAGGCUGCCUGAGCAGCAGAGGUAACAUAGCUUGAAUCUAAUGAAGAAACCUACAUGUCAAUUCACCUUUGCUUCUGUUUAAAAGGUUCAAGUUGUAUGUCAUCCUUCUCUUUUUCGUCUAUCUAUGAGAAUGCUUCUGAAGACUAGUCUAGCAACCACUUUUUGAAAUUUCAAUUCUUUGAGUAGCAAUUCUAGGGUUAUUUGGUUGGGUGGA